CCUCUCUCUCCCCGGCGCCGGAGAGGGGGGCAGGCAUCGGAUCGGCAUCAUCAUGUGGAGGGACAGAGCGUGCCCCUGCUUCUGGUUCGGAGACGGCAACCGCCGUGAUCAGGAAGCUUCUGAGGAGAGAAACCCGGUGGUGCUGGUGUCGGGGAUGGGUGGCUCCAUACUCCAUUCCAAGAAGAAGGGGGACGGGUGGCUGGGCUUCGAUACCCGUGUCUGGGUCCGCAUCCUCCUCGCCGACUUGGAGUUCAAGAACAAGCUCUGGUCCCUCUUCAACCCCUCCACUGGAUUGACCGAGUCAUUGAAUGAUGAUGCUGAAAUUGUGGUUCCUGACGAUGAUUAUGGGCUCUAUGCGAUCGACAUACUAGACCCAUCAUGGUUUGUGAAACUUAUACAUCUGAAAGAGGUAUAUCAUUUUCAUGAUAUGAUUGACAUGCUCGUGGGGAUAGGGUAUAAGAAGGGAACCACAUUGUUUGGAUAUGGUUAUGAUUUCCGGCAAAGUAAUAGAGCUGACAAGCUCCUAGAAGGCCUUCGGUCAAAGUUGGAAACUGCUUAUAAAUCUUCUGGAGGUAGAAAAGUUGACCUAAUUUCUCAUUCAAUGGGUGGAUGGCUGGUGUCGUGUUUCCUAUCACUCCGUCAAGAUGUCUUUUCAAAGUAUGUAAGGAAGUGGAUUUGUAUUGCAUGCCCUUUCCAAGGUGCACCGGGAUGCGUCAAUGACUCUCUCUUAACUGGACUGCAAUUUGUUGAAGGGUUUGAGAGCUACUUUUUUGUGUCUAGGUGGACAUUUCACCAAUUGUUGAUCGAGUGUCCGUCAAUAUAUGAAAUGAUGGCAAACCCUGAGUUUGAGUGGGCGAAGCAGCCUAAGAUUGAAGUCUGGCAAAAGCACUCUAUCGACGGGGAUGUUUCUGUCAACUUGGAGACCUAUGGUCCCCUUGAAAGUGUCUCUUUAUUUGAAGCAGCAUUGCGAAAUAAUGAGCUAAAUUACCAAGGACGGACAAUACCCUUGCCCUUUAACCUCUCUAUUCUCAAAUGGGCUGCUGAAACUCGCAGAAUUAUCGACGACAUUAAACUUCCUAGUGAGGUCGAGUUCUAUAACAUCUAUGGAACAUCUUCGGACACACCUUUUGAUGUUCGUUAUGGUUCAGAGGCAUCCCCCAUUGAGGACUUGUCUGAGAUGUGCCACACUUUGCCCCAGUACUCUUAUGUGGAUGGAGAUGGGACAGUCCCCACAGAAUCAGCUCUGGCUGAUGGACUCGAGGCAGUGGAGCGAGCAGGGGUUGCUGCUGGUCACCGACAAUUACUAUGCGACCCUACCGUCUUUCAACUCAUCCAAAAAUGGUUGGGAGUUGAGCAGGUCAGCUGCAGCAAGCGCGGUAGGACUUCGAGAGUAAUGGAUUCUUCUUGAAGAGUAUCGAGAUAGCAUAGGGAGUUGACUUGCAGGAGAUUUUGUUCCCCCAAGUCUAUUUUUUCCUCUGGAAAUUGGAAACUCUGUCGUGUAUUUUGUCAAGAAUGUUAGAUCCACCAUUUAAAUGUAAAAGAUGGGAGUCAACAAAGAGAGUAUGUACAUUUUAAAGCUGCAUUCCCUGACUCCUAAGCAUUGAAGAAGCAAAAGUGGGUUGACUUAGCAGAAA